AUGUGUGUUGGGGUGUUAUAUACAUAUAGAACUAACAAAUUGUCAGUAAAUUAUUGAAUAACAUCUAUAAAAAGCAAUUCAUAAACGAACACAUUUUUAAAAAACAUGAAAAUGUAUUCCAAAAUUUUAAUGGUUGUGCUUCUAGCAUAUUUUUUGGAUAAUUUAUCAGCGUCUGUACUUAAACCAACUACACCUACAUCUUUGAAUGGGAAAAAAAUUCCAGCUCAAUCUAAAAAUAUUUUACUUCCAAAUCCACCUAAAAACCAUUUUCCUGCUCGGGGGAGUUUCAAAGUUAAUCCUGUUGUUUCUUUAAAUAAUCCUGCUCCACCAGCACCUCCAUCACCUCCAUUACUUCCCACAGAAACACUAACACCUCCUGUAAAACUACCAGUAUCUCUAGCAUCUACUAGAGUACCACCAGCACCUCUAUCACCUACAUUUUUACCAAAUUUAAAAAAAGAAAAUAUCAAUCAUCGAGAAUCCAACAUAGUUGAAGAAGGAGAUGAUGAUAAUGAAGAGGAAGUAGAAGAGAUAGAAGAUGAUGAUCAUGAAGAACCUUUAGAAAAUAGUGAAACUGUGAUUGGUACACCUAUACCAAGUUCUUCAACUUCUAAACCUACAGUACCAGAAAUUGUGAAACAAGAAAAAGAUAAUCAUCAAGGAUCCGACAUAGGUGAAGGAGAUGAUUAUGAAGAAGAUGAUAAUGAAGAAGGGGAUGAUUAUGAAUAUUAUGAAGAAGAAGAACCUUUAGAAAAUAGUGAAACUGUGACAAGUACACCUAUUCCAAGUUCUUCAACUUCUAAACCUACAGUACCAGAAAUUGUGAAACAAGAAAAAGAUAAUCAUCAAGGAUCCGACAUAGGUGAAGAAGGAGAUGAUUAUGAAGAAGAUGAUAAUGAAGAAGGGGAUGAUUAUGAAUAUUAUGAAGAAGAAGAACCUUUAGAAAAUAGUGAAACUGUGACAAGUACACCUAUAUCAAGUUCUUUAACUUCUAAUCCUACAGUACCAGAAAUUGUGAAACAAGAAAAAGAUAAUCAUCAAGGAUCCGACAUAGGUGAAGAAGGAGAUGAUUAUGAAGAAGAGGAUGAUUAUGAAGAAGAUGAUAAUGAAGAAGGGGAUGAUUAUGAAUAUUAUGAAGAAGAAGAACCUUUAGAAAAUAGUGAAACUGUGACAAGUACACCUAUAUCAAGUUCUUUAACUUCUAAUCCUACAGUACCAGAAAUUGUGAAACAAGAAAAAGAUAAUCAUCAAGGAUCCGACAUAGGUGAAGAAGGAGAUGAUUAUGAAGAAGAUGAUAAUGAAGAAGGGGAUGAUUAUGAAUAUUAUGAAGAAGAAGAAGAACCUUUAGAAAAAAGUAAAACUGUGACAGGUACACCCAUACCAAGUUCUUCAACUUUUAAACUUACAGUACCAAAUAUUGUAAAACAAGAAAAUGACAAUCGUCAAGGAUCUAACAUAGGUGAAGAAGGAGAUGGUUAUGAAGGAGAUGAUUAUGAAGAAGAGGAUGAUUAUGAAGAAUAUUAUGAUGACACAGUAGUAGAUGGUCAUAACAGUAAAGACAAUUUAAAAGAUCCAAAUCAUAGUACUCCUUUUAUACCAACAAAUAAUAUAAUAAAUGAUGGAGUUCGAGUAAAUCCCCCUGUUACAAUAACCACAGAACCACAAUUAUCUAAGGAUGAAUUGAUAGAAAAUAAUUACAAUGAUUCUAAAUAUUCUACCAAUACCAAUGAAGAUAAUAUAGAAAACCAAUUAAACGAUCAAUAUGUGUCAGAAAAUAAAGAAAGAAUUGUCAAUGGGUAUACAGCUCUUAAGAAAAUAUUAUAUAUGUUACAUGACUAUGUAAGCUUAACAUUCAAUUGGAUCAUAAACAAAAUAAAUUACCGAAUGGAACAGUUCUCAGUUAGAUAAAUCGUCAUAUUAUUAUUAAAUUAAUAUCAUAACAUUUAGUUAAAAAUAAAUAAUUAAAAAAGAAAAAAAAUUGGAAAAUAACCAGCAUUCAUUAAUUUAGAAUAUAUAAAUUAAUAUACAAUUUAUUAUACUCAACAUUCACGUAAAAGUUAUAUAAAACUAAUAACUAAUAAGUAAAAUCUUAUAGCAAUACAUAAUAUAUAUGUGUAUAUAAUAUAUAUAUAUAUAUAUAUCUUUUUUUUUAGUAAUGAAAUAAAAAAAAGUAUAACAAGCA